UGUCAAAGUUGAACAACAUGUCUGCUUCCAUGAAAUUAAAGCGUCUGCAAGGGGGAGUGGCAUUUAUUUGCCAUUUGAGACAUGGAAUCCCGAAACCCUUUGAUGAAAAAACGACUAAGAGAUGGAACUCUACCAAUGCUUCCACAAAUGAGCAUUAUUGCAUGGAUGUCGUCAAGAAACAUGAUUAUGAAAAUUUCUUGUGUACGCUUUUACUGCCAAAAAAUGCGAGAACAGCAACAUUUGCUCUGAGGGCAUUCAAUGUUGAUGUAGCUACAGUAAAAGACAAUACAUCAGAUAUCAAGAUUGCUCAAAUGCGAAUGCAGUUUUGGAAGGAAACAAUAAAUGAAAUUUAUCAAGGUUCACCGAGACAAACACCAAUUGCAUGCGAGUUGCACAGAGCAGUUGCUAGUCAUAAACUGUCAAAGAGAUGGUUCUCAAGGAUCAUUGAAGAAAGGGAGAGAAAUUUACACGAUAAGGCUCAUGCCAGUUUAGAAGAUGUUGAAAACUCUGCUGAGAAGACCACCUCAUCAUUGUUAUACCUCAUACUAGAGACAUUAGGUUUGAAAGAUGUGAAUGCUGACCACGCAGCCAGCCACAUUGGUAAAUCACAUGGUAUUGUCACUCUGCUGAGAUCUACACCACACCAUGCCAGUAGAAGAAGAGUUUACUUACCAAUGGAAAUUCUUAUAAAGUAUGGCGUGUCACAAGAACAGAUCCUACGUGGAAAAACAGAACAGAAUUUGAAAGAUGCUGUCUUUGAGAUUGCAAGUCAAGCUAAUUCACAUUUACAGAAGGCACAGUCAAUGAAGAAGGAAAUACCAAAAGAAGCAUAUUCAGCCUUUCUUUUGACAACUCCAAUUGAAAUAUAUUUAAAGAAAAUCCAGCAAUCUGACUUUGAUGUUUUCCACCCUACACUGCAACAAAAGAACACAAUGCUACCAUUUAAGCUAUGGACCAAAUCCAUGAGGAGUGCUUAUUGAUAACAUUGCAAUAGCGUUCCAUCAAUAGAAGACACAUCAGCUGGCUUGAUUACUUAGCAAGGUGAUGUCUGAAGAAGGAAGGCUGUUGUAGAGCUGCAUUAGGAGUAUGCAAAUACUUGUGCACAAUAAGGGUUAUUUAUGCAUGCAGAUAUGCACAGGCAAAAUACUGUAACAAUACUAUCACAUACAGUACUGUGAGGGUUUCUACAGUAGAAACUACAUGUAAGUAAGGGGUGAACAGUUUGAAAUGCUUGGAGAGUACAUGCUUCUAUGUACAUGUAAGUAAGGGGGUGAACAGUUUGAAAUGUACAUAGUACAUGCUUCUAUGUUAAA